AUGGCAUCUCUACUGAGCGGAACGGACCUGAUACACGCGGACCAGGCGCUCGCUGGCUAUGAAGUCGCGCCGUCGAUCUCGGUGACAACCACGUUCCGAAGAGAUCCUCUGUAUCAGGAUGAUCUCGACGAGCCACCAGUCAUGGUGCAAGGGCGGCGGCAUGUUUACUCGACGUACUCGCAGGAUGUCAGCGAUCGGGACCUACAAGUUCUGAACAAAGUCCUGCACGGCUAUUCCAUGACGUACUCCUCUGGACUAGCUGCAGCUUACGCAGCACUCGUCCACUACAACCCCAAGCGUGUCGCAAUUAGGAAGGGGUACAUGGGCUGCCAUGGGUGUAUACGGACGUAUGCCAAGGCAAAGUCAGAGAACAUCCCCCUGAUAGACCUCGACGACGACUUCCAAGAAGGUGAUCUAUGCUGGCUGGAGACGCCGUUGAAUCCGACUGGUGAAUCUCGGGACAUCGCCUAUUACGCAAACAAGGUUCAUGCCAUAGGCGGAAAGAUUCUAGUCGACUCAACAUUUGGGCCUCCACCGCUCCAGGACCCGUUCAAGUGGGGAGCAGACUGUGUCUUUCAUAGUGGGACAAAGUACUUUGGAGGUCACUCCGACAUGCUUUGCGGUAUUCUCGCUGUCAAGACGGAGGCAGAGUACUUGGAGCUCUGGGACGACAGAAAGUUCAUGGGCAACGUGAUGGGCUCCCUUGAGACGUGGCUUCUCCUGCGGUCUCUUCGGACGCUGCACCUCCGAGUCCCACGACAGUCCGAGACAGCGACGAUCUUAGCGCGAUGGCUCGCUGGAGCAGCUAAUGUUCCCGCCGGAGAAGAUCGCGAGUUCGACGGCAUACCGGGGGGUGUCGUGACGAAGGUCUGGCACUCCAGCCUGCAAGGUAUCGAUGAGCGCGGCUUCGACCCUGCGAAGCAGAUGGAGGGAGGAUUUGGUGCUGCAUUCUCAAUACGGCUCGCACACAGAGAAUAUGCAGACAGGUUUCCGCAUUACCUGCAAUACUUCGUCGUCGCGACGAGCCUCGGAGGCGUCGAAUCACUGGUCGAGCAAAGAGUCCGCUCAGACAAGAGCGAAGACCCGUUGCUCAUUCGCUUUAGUAUCGGUGUUGAAGACGUAGACGAUCUAAAGAGCGACAUUCGCCAGGCAUUCCAGAGGUUGACGAUGGUAUGA